AUGACGGAUUCAUCACAGCUAUUUGACACAACUAGAUCUGGCUACAAGGACUCCAAGUUCAUUGUUUUUGAGAAGUGCCUGCUGGAGCUUUUUGAAACCUGUCCCAUAUGUAAACGGGUAUCUGAUGUGAGGCCACGCAGACGCGGCACCUUCUUGGCAGUUGACCAGAUUUGUCAUCACUGCAAUUUUUUUCGACAGUGGAAAAGCCAACCUGUGAUUGGGAGCUGCCCCACUGGAAACCUUCAACUGUCGGCAGCCAUAUAUUUCACUGGCACUUCAUUUUUCCAGUUACAAAAGGUAUUCAAAGCCAUGCAUCUGAAAAGCAUUGGACACUCCACAUUCAGACGGCAUGCUAGAAGUUACUUGGAGCCUGCCGUGAUCCACAAAUGGCAUGCGUUCCAGGAAUCUGAAUUUGAGCACCUGAGGCAGAGACCAGUCAAAAUUGGUGGUGACAUGAGGGCAGACUCACCAGGCCACUCAGCAAAAUACGGUAGCUACAGUCUGAUGAACCUGGAAAACAACAACAUCAUUGACAUUCAACUUGUGCAGAGCAAUGAGGUUGGCGGGAGUCACAAUAUGGAAAAAGAGGGGCUAAAAAGAAGUCUCGAGCUUCUUGAAUCCAAAGGUGUGGCUAUUGAGUACAUCGUCACAGAUCGGCAUCCUCAAAUACAAAAAUUUCUUAGAGAGCGCAGCACACAGCACUUCUAUGACGUCUGGCACUUUGAAAAGGGUCUGUCUAAGAAACUGGACAAAAUUUCCAAAGACAAGGACUGUGCAGUUGUGAAGAAGUGGCAGCGUGGCAUCAGAAACCAUGUUUAUUGGUGUGCAACCUCAUCAUCCACAGGGACAGAGAAGGUUGCAAAAUGGACAUCGGUUGUGAACCACAUCCAAAACAAACACACCCACGACAAUCCUGCUUUUCCAAAGUGUCUGCAUCCAGUUCGCCAGACAACAGAUCAUAAGAAAUGGUUUCAACCAGGUUCCAAAGCCCUCUUCAAAGUUGAGAAGCUGUUGUCAAAUAAGAGGGUCCUUACUGAUGUGGAGAAGUUGAGCUCCAAGUACCAGACCUCAACAUUGGAGGCCUUCCACAAUAUUGUUAUACGCUUCACUCCAAAAAAUGUUGUAUUUCCAUACAUUGGCAUGUUGUGCAGGUUGUACCUGGCAGCCAUGCAUUUUAACGAAAAUGCAGGGCGUACCCAGGCCAGAACAACAUCAGGGAAACUAAGAUACAAGGUGCUAUUUCCUAAGGCCAAAAAGGGAGCACACACUGUGAAGGCAAUGAAAACACAGGCCACAUACUGUUACAUCUUCAACAUGAUGGCAUUUCUUUUCGAGGACAUAGUGCCCAACAACCAGCCAUAUGUGGAGGAGUUGCAGAAAGUUCCAGUCCCUGAUACUCUGGCAUCACAAUAUGAGCAUCCUCCCCUUGAAGAAGCCAUUGCUGCCUACGUAUCUCGGUUCAGACAAGGGGAGGUCUAA